AUGCCAAAGGCGGCAUUGAAGUGCCGGCGCGGGGAAGCCCUGUCCAACUACUUAUUCGAAAAUUGUAUAGCGAGCAGCCAGACGCCUCGCCUCGGCAAGCCACUUUCACUUGAAUUAUCAACUCACCACAGAGGCGCAGGCGGCGGCGGCGCCCCGAACUCCUCCCCUCCCCCGAUGCUUCCCCCGAUGCAGGAACUCGUCCUUGGCCACACCCUGACUGACCUCCGAGUGCAACCUCGCAACACCCCCGGAAUAACUUGGACUGAAUACCACCCCUUUUCCCUCCCCGCCCGCCCCCGCAAUCCCCGGAUUUGCAGCAGUCCACAAGCGGGGUUUGGGGAGAGACCACCUCCCUAUCCAAGUUCCUAG